GGCGGCGGGGACAGCGUCUUGCCGGCCGGGCGAGGGAAGAUGCGGUCGGACGCCUCUAGUGUUGUGAAGGGUCUAUUCAUUAUAUUUGCUUCCAUAUGUGCAUGGUACUUUGGAUACCUGUUUGCAGAGAUCAUACCAGAAGACCAUCUGUCUAGUGCUGUUUCCAGCAUUCAGAGCAUUGGUGAGAAACCAGUCAUCAAGGCACCGCCCCCAAAGAGGCAGAAAUGCGAUCACUGGACUGCCUGCCCUCCCGAUACCUACGCCUACCGGCUGCUUAGUGGUGGGGGAAAGGAUAAUUUUGCCAAAAUCUGUUUUGAAGACGAGCUGCUCAUAGGCGAAAAGAAGGGUAAUGUGGCCAGAGGUAUAAACAUAGCCAUUGUGAACUACGACACGGGGAAAGUUUCGCAAACACAAUAUUUUGACAUGUAUGAAGGAGAUAACUCUGGCCCCAUGACUGCUUUCAUUAAAAACGCCCCCGAAAGAUCUCUCCUUCUGAUGGUUACCCAUGACGAUGGAAGCCACAGAUUAAAGAAUGAUGCCAAAAGUGCCAUAGAAGCCCUUGGCAGUAAAGAAAUCACGAACAUGCGGUUCAGGUCAAGUUGGGUCUUUCUAGCUGCAAAAGGUUUUCAGCUCCCCGACUAUUUGCAAAGAGAAAAGAUCAACCAUUCUGACAAUGCAAAGAACAGGUACUCCGGUUGGCCGGCGGAAAUCCAGAUAGAAGGAUGUAUCCCCCGAAAACCAAGUUAGAAUAUGUGGCUUUUUUUAAGAAAUCUACCUUCUAUUUUCAUAUGGGCAUUUUUAGAUCUACUAUACUCACGCACAAGGAGGUUGGGAGCCCCAUGGAGAGCUUCUAACCGAUCAAUGUGCUUCCCCGAGGAUGAGUAAAAGGGUCUCGUUGUGGGCAGGGAAUGUGUCUGUUUAUUGUUCUCUUGUAUUGUCCCAAGCACUUAGUACAGUGCUCUGCACAAAGUAAGAGCUCAAUAAAUACGAUUGAAUGAAUGAAAUCAGGGAGGGAGGGUCGGGAGGAGUAAUGCGUGUGGAGAGUCAUUAUCUCUCUAUCUUGGCAUGGGGCACUGGGGUGCAGUUGGCAGAGAUGGGUCUUUCACUGGUCCUCCUGCCUUUGGCUUCAUCACUCCCCCAAUUAUUUCCACCCCAGUUGGUGCUCCCUCCACCCACAAGCGUCAUAGCUCCACCACCGGUUGUGAUCCAAAGAGAAGAAUUUAACGAAACUUGUACCUCAGACCUCUUGUAAUUUUUCUAAAAAGAAAGUCCUCUUUAUUAAAUAAAUAUAUUCUU